AAAAAUGUCCCUUUUGGAAGUGGUGUUCGCAACGAAAUGUGUAGCUGAAAGCGCAUUUCGAGCGACUUCUAUGUGCGGAUGUGUGUGUUGGUGAUUAAGGGCUGGAUGAAUAUAAAAAACCCUCUCCUAUACACACACACACACCGGUUAGUGCUGUACUCGCGGUUUGAUGAACAAUAAAAAGCGCAUGAUUGGUGUAGGUGGAGGAGAGCGAAUGGUCGUCGUCGUGAUGCAAUCGUGUGUACUACUACCAACACCACCACUACAACGGUGCGAUGCUGCUGCUGCUGCCACAAACGCCAUACACACAGCCAUUUGACUUCCCGUUGAAUGUUGUUGAGCCCAUCAGGACGUUUGUACGCGUGUGUUAGUGUUAUUUGUAAAAGGAAAGGAAAGGAAACAGAAAAAAAGGUGGAAUCUACCGUAACCGUUGUGUGUGUGUUUGUGUGCGUGCGGUUAAACAAUCGGCAAACCAAUAGAAGAAGGAAGAGUUUCAUUCACCCAUCCUCAUCAUCAUCGACUGGAAAGUGAGCGGUGUAUUGUAUGUAGGUGUUUCCCUCUGAGAGUGUGUGUGCGUGCGCGUGAGAGUGAGCGAAUCUCACGAGAGCAAAAGAGUGAGAAGGAAAAAGCGUCUGCAUGUGUGUCGGUGUGUGUAGCGCAGUGUAUAGCAGGCCGUGUGCGUUGAUUGCUAUCGGUCAAAAUCGAUCCUAAUCGGUCCCUGCGUCGUUUCGUCUCGUCGUAUCGUCCCUCAGGACGCAACCGUGUGCGUGUGUGUGUGUUUGUGACGCGCGUUUGUGUGUCCUGUUCUGGGCUGGUGUGCUGUGUGAAGUGAUUGUAGUAGAGCCGGAAGCCAACAACACAACCACGGAGAGUGAGCGUGUGUUUGUUGACAUGUUGUUGCAGUAAGGAAAAGGAUCUGGCCAAUUCCCCUCCAUCCACAGCCCCGAUCUGAAGAGAGUAACACAACUAACACACACACACACAGGCACGGGAGGUGCGAUUGUUUCGGAUUGUGUGUUGUUGUUGUGUGCCAAGCACCGAGCGGGAGGGCGGCAAGAAAGUGCCAACGGUGGGGCCACCCAGCUGAUCGUCGGUAGUGUGAGGAUACCAAAAACCUCCGUGUAUGCGUGUGUGUGCGCGCGCGUGCUAGUGUGAGAUUGUUUGGUGACACAGCUCGCCGUGUGUGACGGUGCAUCGUUUGAACGGAGAAAGAAGAAGAAGAUUGCGACCAAACGGAUACCACGGCAAACAACAACAACUACUACUAAUAUAUCUUAAAGACACCAAACCGUACCACUCCCCUCCCCAUCCAUCCCACCCACGCUUAAAGGAGGCAGCACGGAGCGUACGGGGAGCAUCCUUACCACCCUCACCUUCACCACCACCAUCAUUGCGCUUUGGUGAAGAUGUACGCGAAAGGCAAAGGGACGGCGGUGCCGUCAGAUGCACAAGCUAGGGAAAAAAUUGCACUUUAUGUAUAUGAAUAUUUAUUACACGUAGGAGCAUCGAAAGCAGCACAAACAUUCUUAUCGGAGAUACGAUGGGAGAAAAACAUCACACUAGGCGAACCACCGGGCUUCCUGCAUUCGUGGUGGUGUGUCUUCUGGGAUCUCUACUGUGCGGCACCGGAGCGACGGGACACCUGCGAGCAUUCAUCCGAGGCCAAAGCAUUUCAUGACUACGGUUUCGUGAGUUCAGGGUACGGAGUGAACGGAAUAGCACACAAUGCCGGCCCGGCACCGAGCCCACUGGGACAGUUACCACCAAACGAAGGCAUGCCCGGCGGCCCGAUGGCACCUUCAGGCUUCUUUCCGAACUCCUCCAUUAGGCCAUCACAACCUUCACACCCUAGUAGUCAGCAGUCCCCACAUCCACAGCCUCCAAACUCGCAUGGACAAUUGAUGAGCGGUCAGCCGUUCAUGGGUGGCCCCCGAUAUCCACCAGGACCCAGGCCGGGAGUGAGAAUGCCGCAAGGAAUUGGAAACGAUUUCAAUGGUCCCCCCGGACAACCAAUGAUGCCAAAUAGUAUGGAUCCGACGCGGCAAGGUGAAGCUGGAGACUUUGUAGCAUGGCAAGGCCCUCCAGGUAUGGGUCCCAUGAAUCCUAGAAUGAAUCCACCUCGCGGCCCGGGCAUGGGCCCCAUGGGAGCGGGCACGUACGGUCCAGGAAUGCGCGGUCCCCCACCAAACAGCAGUUUAGGACCGGGCGGUAUGCCACCGAUGGGUAUGGCCGGCGGUCGGCCACAGUGGCAACCGAACACGUCAUCGCCGAUGAACUACUCGUCGUCCUCGCCCGGCAACUACGGCGGACCGCCGGGACCGAGCGGGCCCCCUGGACCGGGUACGCCCAUCAUGCCAUCACCUCAAGAUUCAUCCAACUCCGGCGGCGAAAACAUGUACACACCAAUGAAACCUGAAUUCCCUAUGGUCGGCGGCACGGACGGCAGCGGGCCGAUGGGUGGACCGAUGGGCCCGAACACGAUGGGCGGCCCGGUACUUAAUAACGAUGGUUUGGACGGCAUGAAGAACAGCCCCGCGAACGGUCCGGGCACGCCACGGGAAGACUCCGGCAGCGGUAUGGGCGAUUACAACCUCGGCGGCUUCGGUGGUCCCGGCGAGAACGAUCAAACCGAAUCGGCCGCUAUACUGAAAAUAAAGGAAAGCAUGCAGGAGGAGGCAAAGCGUUUCGAGAAAGACUCGGACCAGCCCGACUACUAUAUGCAAUAACAUCCUCCUUCUCCUACCGCUACUACAGCCGCUACUAGUACUUCUUCUAUUACUUCUGUUAUCGAAUCUAGUAGUACUGAUAUCGUAAAGGCAAUCUAUGCUAGUACUACUUUUACCAUUACCAGCACUAUCACUAUCGACAGCAUUGGCGUCCUUGCCAUCAUGAUCAUUAUGAUCGUCGUCGCUACCACAACCACCACCAACACUGGGCACUACUACUACUACUACUACUAUCACCAGCAGCAGCAGCAGCAGCAGAAGCAGAAGCAGCAUCAUCAACAACAACACCACAGACGCACUAUGAUCAUUAGUGGCAAACAAAUGUGUGCAAUGGCAAACCAUGCUUCUGUAACAGCUGGUACCCUCCCCCAAGUGGAUUUUAUUAAUCACUCACCAGCAGCAGCAGCAGCAGCACAACGACAACGUUCGGUUGACGAGUCUCGUCGCUGCAGGUGAAUACGUAAAUUUGUUGAAGCAAAACGAGUACCAAACGGUAUCAUCACGCUGUCUGUGUAUGUACCCCGUUGAUGCGUCUGUAUCUCAUCACCAUUGGAAGGAUUAGGCGAAGAAGAAGACAAAAAAGCCUGCAAAUAAGACUUGCUCUGCCGAGUGUGUGCGUGCGUUUGGGGGUGGCGAGGAUUGAUAAUAAUAUGGCUGGGUUCUGGGUUCUCUAUGGGUGUGACUGGGUUGUGUGGCUGCUAGACAUAGACACACAUACACACAUUUUUACCAAAAAGAAGCAAAACUAUAAAAAUAUUACACAAAAAAAGAGAAAGAGACAAAGCAGAGAGAGAGAGAGAAACGAGGGAAAACGUCACACUGGUUGAGCAUAAUGAUAGCAGAAACAGAAAGGAAAAGAAAGGCAGAGAGAAAGAGAGUUGAAAGUUGAAUAUAUAAAACGCGAUGUAUUCUAAUGAUAAAACCGGUAAAAAACAGAAACCAAUUCACUCUUAAGUUUUCUUAGAUUGUUACACAAAGACAGAGAAGGGAGCAACAGCACGAAGCUGAUAGAGAGAGAGAGAGAGGGACACUCCUACAUCCCCAAUCAAGAAGGAAGAGAGAGAAAAGAGGACCCAUAAAAAGAUCAAGUAAUCGUUCAUUGCCGUCGGGUCAUCCCUUGAGUUCGGGCGGGAUGUGCAGGGAUUGACGUUUGCUACAAGCAUCUCGGCAAUUUGGAACAGGAAAGCGUACCACAACGAAUCGAAUUCGUGUGCGUGACAGAAGAAAACCUUUGACCGCCCAUUACUCGAGACUGUUUUUUUCGAGGUACCAAUCCAUCUCCGAUCGAUUGCGCGUGGUAAAGUUGCUCUUUUAAGCAAGAAAAUGCAAUUUUUAGGCCAAGAAAGGCUUAAAGAGGUGGCCCUCUUACACUUUGAGCGGGAACCAUGUGUUUGGAAGAGUGUGAAGUGGUGUGUGUGUGUUGAAGACACAAACACAGAAUAGGAAUUUAAACCGCGAAACUAUGCAAGAACCAACCCAUAAGGAAAAAAAAGAUAAACAUACCUACACUGGAUAGUGUGUAUGUGUAUGUAUCUCCUCUUGAUAAUAGAAAAAAAACUUUUGGUGGCAAACAACAUUAGAUGUGGCGACGCGUACAAGAAGUAUUGUGCAAAAAGUGUGCAAGUUGCAAAGCAAAAUGUGAAGGAUUGGUGGAGAAAUAUAGAGUGUUUUAUUUCUUAUUAUUUAGCCCCGGGUAUCAACGUCAACUUACGCUAGAGAGAGAAAGAGGAGGGAAGAGAAGCGAUAGAAAGAUGUUGGGAGAAGGAAUGUAGUUAGUUUUUAAGUCCAGAUUGAUUGAUUGAGUGAGGUCAGCGUUUCAAGAUUAUUCGAAU